AUGGUGUCUUCAGGAAUGUACAAAAUGGACAAUGGCAGGCCUUGCCUCACCAACUGCUUUCCAGCAAAAAAUCUCACUCGGAUACCAGAAGAAGGCCGAGGACACUGGUUAGUGGCUCGGAAAGGCAAUAUGAAGAAUGUGGGUAAGGUGCCCACCGAAGUUCAGGAAAACCCGAAGAAAGUAUCUUUUGAGAUUGGAUUGAAGAAAGCAUCUCAGCGGGAUAACCAGGCAGAAGUUCUUGGACACACCUUGGACCGGCCUUUUCUGCUGAAGCACCACAGUGUGAGAAAACCAUCAGAUCUCUGCACUGUCAAUGUGAGCGGCCUGAAGUUCUCCAAGGCAAAGGAAAAGGACUUCAAACAUUUUACAUCCGUGAUUUAUAUCAAUGCCUCCGAAAACCUGCUGCCUCUAGAUGCCUUUCACACAUUUCCAGCCCUAAAGGAACUGGAGCUGGCAUUCAAUGGCAUCAAGACAGUCUAUGUGAAAUAUGGAGACUUCAAGACAUUGGAAUUCUUGGACCUUUCCUUCAACAGCCUGACUGAGGAGGCCAUCUGUGAUCUGGGGAUUCUGCCGCAUCUCCGCGUGCUGCUCCUCACAGGAAAUGGGCUCACCUCGCUACCACCCCACAUGGCUGUCAUAGAACAGGAGGCAUCCGUGGCCCAGCUGAUGAGCAAGAAGUACAUCCUGAGGUUCCCGGCCCUGGAGACCUUGAUGCUGGACGACAACAGGCUGUCCAAUCCCAACUGCUUCGCCAGCCUGGCUGGGCUCCGGAGACUGAAGAAGUUGAGCCUGGACCAAAACAAGAUUUUCCGGAUCCCGUACCUACAACAGGUUCAGCUCCGUGAUGGCACAGGGGACUGGGUUACAGAGGGGCCAAGUUCCCAGAGAGAUAUGCAGCCCCAGACGUGGGUAUUUGAGACCCCGGAUGAGCAACCGAAUUACACCGUACUGCCCAUGAAAAAGGACGUUGACCGCACAGAGGUUGUGUUCUCAUCUUACCCUGGAUUUUCAACCUUACAGACAGCCAAGAUAUGUUCACUUCCUCCCAUAUUUGAAAUUCUUCCUGUGAAGUCACUGAAAGCUCGGAACCAGACGCUCGCCCCACCUUUCCCAGAGCUGAGAUACCUUAGCUUGGCCUACAACAAGAUCGCAAAGGAGGAUGCCAUCCUGCCAGCAGCUCUCUUCCCCUCCCUCUGUGAGCUCGUCUUCCACAACAACCCUCUGGUGGCACACACUCGAGGGAUCCCACCUCUGCUGAAGAGCUUCCUCCAGGAGCGCCUGGGCAUUCGCUUAGUUCGAAGGAAACUGGUAAAGGCCAAACACCAUAUGAUCAUGCCUCGGAAGGAGUCACGGAAGGUGAAAACCCACGUCCCCAAGGUGCCAAAGCAUUGUCUGGUCCCCCAUCACCUGAACGGAAUUACAGACGAGCCUCCCUCGAGUCUUAUGCCAGAGCCAGAGUCGGGAGCGCCAGGGCAGCUUGCCACUGAAGACGGCUCUCAUGAGGCCCUGCUGGCCAAUGAGAGCCCAGAAGGCCCCCACGUGCCCCACCGGACCUUUGUGCCCAUGCCUCCCAUUUGCUCCGACUCCACCGUGCACAGUGAGACGGUGUCCCACCCGAGCUGCACAGCCGGCCUCGUGAGCCCAGACCACCCAUCAGACGACGCCAAGAGCACGGAGUCCAUCUUCCUGACCCAGGUGAAUGAGCUGCCAUCCUCCACCGUCCGCAGGGAAAAGUUAGAGGGAAAGGAGAACGACCAAAGGAGACCAUUAACAGCACCCAGAGAGGCAAAGAGGACUCGGAAGAAGCAGGCGAUGGGCUCCAAGUACUGUGGCUAUGAGGAGCUGCUCAAAGUAAAGCCUGAUCCAGCCUUUGUGGAGCCAAAGGGCAUCCAGAAGAACGCGCAGGCGCUGCAUCGCAUGCUGAAGCAGCCCCUGGUCUGCCGCCCCUCCAAGCCCAGGCUGGACACUUUACAGAAGCCCUACGUCCCCAAGGAGAGGAAGGCCCCUAGAUUGCCGGUUCCACCCCCCCGGAAGACCCGAGCGCAGCUGCUGGAUGACGUCCUGAUUCGCAUGCGAGAUCCUCGGAAUGUUACAGAGGCUCCACUGGGCGCCGUGCUGCAGCGGCGCGCGCAGCAGCGCCUGGUGAACCAGAAGCAGUACCGGGAGGCCAAGCGGCUGCUCAAGGAGUUCCGCGCGCGCUACCGGGAGCUGGUGCGUAACUCCCUUCGGACUGUGUUCACCACCAGCCCACCGCCCAGGCCACCUACCCGCCGUGCGCUGAGCGCCAGCCAACCCAAGCUGGGCCGCUUCCUCGAGUUCAUGGACGAGUUCUGCCAGGAGCCCACGGCCAGCGACUCGAAAGAGUAGAGCUGCGCACCGCCCUCCCCAAGGGCCCUGCGCCCUGGACUGUGCCCAGCCCUGAACAGAGGGGCCUUGGGCUCCAUCUUGCUCCGUGGUCAGCAUGGGGAGCUCAGCAGGACCUCGCCUCCGAGCCCGGCCAGGUCGCACCAGGUGGCUGGCCCAGCAGCAAUAAAGAGUGGUGCAUAGCGCAAUACAGUGGGUGCCAAGUAUCCUUCUCGGAAGCCAGGCCAGGGCCACAGCGAUGGUGUCACUAAAGAAAGAUCUCUGCUGACUCCUGCAUCCCAAGAGGGCUGUGAGAAACCUAC